AUGGCAGCAAAGCUGAACAGGGAGCUUGCUAGAUAUGAGCUUGAAAGCUAUGCCACCACAGAAGUAGAGGGAAUGCGGGUUGGCGCCAGGCAGGCUGAUGCAAUUGGGAAGAUGGCACAGCUUCCAGAAAAGAGCUUUGAUGAUCUUGUGCUUGAUGUUGUCAAUGAAAUGCAUAGGAGAAAAGACAUGCCGCACCUACCACUUGAAAGCGUAAUGCAAAAGAAGCUGUGCAAGAUCAAGGAGGAGGGAUUUAGGAGCCUUGUUAUGGAUGUGCUGGCAGUGUUGUCACAGAAGUCAUUUGACGAGGGCAGCCUAUCAGGUGAUGUGAACGGACUAAUUGACAACAUUGACAAAAUGAUAACAUCGAUUAGGAAGGAUAUGGAAAGCGAGGAGCGAUCGGUAGAGGAGAUAUGUUCUGAAGAAGACAUAGUAAAGAAAACAUGCAUGUUUAUAUCGCAUGUCAAGCACAUUCUGAGUAAAAAUGGAGAGGACACGUUUCUUGCCGAGCACAUGAUGGAUCGGUUUAAGAUGUUUUCUGAAGGCAAGAGCACUGAUGGGCUGAAGAUGUUGCUGGACAUAGAUGUUUUUCUGAAGAAAUGCAACGAUCUUGGAUACGAAAAGAAUGAAGAGUACAAAUACCAUAGAGACAGCAUAGGCCGGCUGAUACAUGCAAAUCUCGAUUCUGGCUUGAAAAAGAAGUUGAUUGCAGAGGAGGCAGCAAGGAUAUACUCGAUUGUUGCGAUGGAGAGUACCAGAUUGGAGGAAGUUGCAGAAAGACACAUGAAAUUGAAGAUUUAUGAAGUGGUUGAAGUGUUAUGCAGCAUUAAGAAGGAUGUGCAGGCAGAAAAGGAUGUUGAUGUGUGUGCAUAUGCAGCAUGCAUAGCAAGAAUAUCAAAGGAGUUCAUCGAGCUGGCUGUAGAGAGCGAUUCUAGAGAUCAGACCAGUGUAUUUGAGCAGCUGAAUCAAAAUGUAAGCAUGCUUGAAAGCAUAUCUAAAGGCGAAUGCUAUGAUGAAGAGCCGUUGUUUGUGAUGCUUUCAGUCGUUAAGCUUGUGAAGAUGGUUUUGACACAAAGAUGCACAGGACAACCGUCAGUGUGA